UCGGGGUCCCCAACAGUUUCUCAAGUUGAGAUCCAAAAGCCUCCCGAAGCGGGGUCAUCGGAGCUUGAGGUUUUUGCUGGUGUGAAAUGACUGAGUACAAACUGGUGGUGGUUGGAGCAGGUGGUGUUGGGAAAAGUGUUUUGACAAUCCAGCUAAUCCAGAACCACUUUGUGGAUGAAUAUGAUCCCACCAUAGAGGAUUCUUACCGAAAACAAGUGGUAAUUGAUGGUGAGACCUGUCUGUUGGAUAUACUGGACACAGCUGGACAAGAGGAGUACAGUGCCAUGAGAGACCAGUACAUGAGGACAGGAGAAGGAUUCCUCUGCGUGUUUGCUAUCAAUAAUAGCAAAUUGUUUGCAGAUAUUAAUCUUUACAGGGAGCAGAUUAAGCGGCUGAAAGACUCUGAUGAUGUUCCUAUGGUGCUGGUGGGGAACAAGUGUGACCUGCCAACAAGGACAGUUGACACAAAGCAAACCCAUGAGUUGGCCAAAAGUUAUGGAAUCCCAUUCAUUGAAACCUCAGCCAAGACCAGACAGGGUAUGGAAGAUGCCUUUUACACACUAGUAAGGGAGAUACGCCAGUACCGAAUGAAGAAGCUCAACAGCAAUGAUGAUGGCACUCAAGGUUGUAUGGGGUUGCCCUGUGUGGUGAUGUAAUAAAGACUAUUUGAAAGUUCUGUCAACAGAAAAGAGCCACUUUCAAGCUGCACUGAUGCCCUGGUUCUGACAUCCCUGGAGGAGACAUGUCCCUGCCGCUCUCUGCAUCUCAGAAGAGCUACUGCUUCCUGCUUCUCUGACUCCGUAGAUGAGCACAGCCAUCUAACCUGAAACCUCUUCAGAAUAACUACCUCCUCACUCGGCUGCCCAAUCAGAGAAAUGCACCUGUUAC